AGAGAGAGAGAGAGAGAGAGAGAGAAACAAAACAUAAGUAGGCUUAAAAAAAACACUUUUUUUAUUAACUACUGCAGUGCUCUUUAGCAUUCCUCAUAAAACAGGGCUGUAGUCAACGACAUUUAACUGCGUUUUAUUUCGGCACUGUCUGAACAGACCAGGUUCAUUACCGCAAAGCUGCUGUGAGAACAUUGUGCGAUUUACCAGCUAAAAUGUUAUCAGGAAAGUGAAUGUUCUUCACAUCGAGAUGUUUGUGAUUGUGAUGUUGGAUGAGGGACGGGAGCAGCUUUUGAACCUAAAUUGCUGGAUUAUAAACUUUGUCUAUUGUCUUAAAGCGAAAUGCGGUCUGGAUCUGGAAGAGAGUGUGGAUUUGAUGGACAGAGAUGGUAAGCUGAUGAACCUCACAGAGAGAGCGCAGAGCACUGACCUUGUCAGCAGUGUGCUGAAGGAGAGAGAAACUUAUAUUCCAGUACGCGUGUCACCAGGUGCUGAAGGACCUAAGUAUUCUGCAAUCUUUGAAUAUGGGACAUGUCACCCUGAGCUAGCAGAGGUCCUUAGAAAACUGUUAAAUCCUUCAAAGGAACGAGACAAAAGGGGCGGAGCGUCAAAGAAGGGAGGAGUCAGUCAAAGCCGCAUUAAAGCUGCUGUCAGAAAGAGCAUAGCAAUUCCUAGGAGCUGAAAAUAUACUUAUACUCUCUUUCAUUGUUUUACAACAUUAAAACAUUUAUGUAUGCAAUUCAUUUAAUUCCUUUUUCCCCACAAUGCACAAUGGCAACAAAAACAUACUGAUACCCCUUUAAACACCUGUUUGUUGCUGUGCAAUAUAUUGGGCUAUACAUUUUGAGGGGCAGUGGCCGAAACAAACAAAAGGCACUAAGUGAGAAGACAGCACACGCUCUUAGAAAUGUCUUUCUACUUAUCACACUGUAGCACUCAGUAAGUAUAUAAAUCUAUAUUUUAUAUUGUAAUAUGUUAAGGUACGAUGUUCAAAACAUUUAUAGUAGCAAUACAGCAUUUUCACAAU